GCUUAAUGGUAAACAGAGAAACAUACUUCUAGUUUCUUUCUUCUCAGAUAUAGUGUUGGGUUCUCUCAUUCACCAGUACUGAGACUACAGUUCGCUUUCUCAAACGCCUCAUCCUUUGGCUGAUGCAGAAUCCUGGGGGAUUAAAAUUGAAUUCGGUUCUUAGCCAAGCUUUAGGAAACUUCUUCCUUUAUCAUAUUCAUCUUUGGGUAACCUAUGUUUAUAUGAUUGUUCCAACCCUGGUUAGUUGGUUUUAUUUCUUCUCUCCGGCGUUUAAAUUUCUUCCUUUAACCCUGCAGAUAUCUUGUUUAGGUGACCUUCUGACGCUGGUUUGCGUACAUGUUUUCUGCUUUUAUGCGUACGCAAGAAGAAUUACAAGAUCACAAAUUAGUGGAUUAAUAGCGCUUGCUAGAUUAUUUGCUGGUAAAAAAUACAACCCGCUGCGGAAAAGAGUUGAUUCCGCCGAUGUAACUGUGGAACAUCUUUUCCUUGGAACUCUAGUAUUUACAAUUCUUCUCUUUCUUCUUCCCACCUCACUCACAUUCUUCGCUGUAUUCUUCUCGUUGAGGAUGGGAGCAGUUGCUGGGCAGCAAGUAAUACGAUCAGCUGUUUAUAUUCUUCAAUGGACGCCUCAAUCACAUGAAGCAAUGAAGAUCUGAAUUAGCGAAAAGACGAAAUAAAUAUUUACAUUUUUAUGAUUAAAACUUGUGUGAUAACAAAGUUUCAGUUAUAACCAGGGUUUCCAACGCAAGUGGAUUUUACUUGCAAUCAAUUGUGAGCCCAUUAAUUCAGCGCAAUUCCAGGCAACGGAAUUCCUGAUUGGAAGUUGAGUAAAUUGUGAUUGUUCCGCUAGGUGAUCACAGGAGGGAGGAAACCCCCGGACGCUUCGAGCCUCCUCCAUGCAGAUACAAGCCUCCCAGAUUUGCCAGAAAGACCAAGCCUCCACCAUGCAGUAAGAGCCUGCGCUGUGCAAUAAACGGAGCCUCCGCUAUACAGCACAGCUUCCUGACAACUCUUGUUUUUUACAUGUGAAGAUUUUUUUUUUCAUUUUUUUCAACAAAAUGGCGCAAGAAUUUUAUUUAAAACUAAUGUUGUUUAAUGAUUGUCAUGAUUUGUAUCUUAUAUUGACUCAAAGUGGUUUUUAUGAUUUAUAUCAUACAAUAAAACAUUUUUGUCGCAGUAAGGAG